GCGUACGGUAUCGUCACGCCUUAGUGAAAGUUACCGUUUGUGAAUUUACGAUAUUCCAAUGCAGGCCUAUCAAUAAUGCUGCCAUACGCCUCGAUAGCAUCGAUUCUCGAUGAAGAGAUCAGCCUCGAGGGGCUCGAAGGGGCCACCCUCGAAACACUCUGGUACAACAUCUCUCAGCGGCUGAAGCUAUCGCUUCCCAUGCCCACCAAGCUAUCGAACAUCCUGUGGCCACAGAUUGUUGGCAAUCCCGAGUUUGAGUUCUAUCUGUUGCUGAGCGAGCGUAACGCGCACGUACCGUACGAUCGGUUUGCGUACGUCGAUGCGGAAACGGGCAUACCACAGCUUCCGGAGGUGUACCCGGGCCAUCGGUUUCGCUACAAGCUGAUCGAGCGCCAUGGCGUGCGAGGAUCGUGCGAAGAGUACGAAACCCGGUCACCGAUACCGCGCGAUGAACUGCAAUCGAUCAGCUGGACAGAGGUCGAACAGCGCUAUGGUCGCCGGUUCGUAAUAGUCGCUUCACAGCGGCUCCGGGAAUCUUUUCUCAUCCCCGGCAACUGCACAACCGAGCUGACGGGCAUUCAGUACUGCAUGCUCGAGUGGAUCGGUCGGGCACGCUUUAAUGGAGAAACGUCGCAAGGCCGCUUCUCGUUGCUCGAGAUGACGCGUGAUUCGAGCACGCUUUACUACAACCGGAAGGUCCUUUGUGGGGCCAAGCUCGUCACACGCCAAACGUUUUGUAUGCGCACGGGCGAUUCCAGCACACAGGGCGUACUGUUUCAAUUGCCGCGGUAUUACCGUGAGAUGAAAAACCGCCAACAGCUCGUUGUCGAGCGCGUGGUGAAUGUGCUGCAGAACCGACCGUUCCAUAUGGCCGAUUAUGCCGAGAUCAAGCAGCUGGUGCUCGGGAAGACGGAAGCGAAGAAAAUAUUCCGUUCGCCCGAACUUGCGCGUUUCGUGCGUAUGGAUGAAAUGGUCCCGUACCGGACGCUCUAUCCCGAUGCACCGGCCAGCCUCUGGAUGUCGAAGAAGGGAGAGGAGAAGUCGGUACGUGUUAUGCGUCUCGUUGAUCCGAACACCGACGUCUAUGAGGUCUGGUGUCGGGACGGUAUCGAAGAGGACGCCCGCGAAGGAUUCCUUGCGCCGGCCGAUAGUAGCGCACUGUACGUCGACAAACCGUUGCUGCGACUAGCGUACGAGGUCAUCGGUAAGAGUGGCACUUCGGGCAUUUCUCAGUCCGAGCUAGCGACCACACUUGGUCUGGAUCGGUUGAAUGCCCGCAGCAUCGUGCGGAACCUGGUACGGAUGAAGGUCGUGCAGAGCCAAUCGUUCAACGAGGGACGUCAGCGAACGGCCAAAUUCUUUCUUCCUGGAAGUAUGUCCGUAUCGCUGAAUUUGCAGCGAGAGAUGUCCCAGUUCGUGUCGUUGCAGCGCAGCUUCCUUGAAAGUCAACAGCAACCAUCACAAGAAGAGUCUAACGAAGGCAUUCCGGAGGACAGUGGGAGUGCAUCGGGAGCGCUACCAGAUUCGGGGGGUGGUACCAAGGGUGCCGAUGUCAGUGUGAACGUCGAUGCGGAAGCGGAUUCCUUGGAUAGUGCUUCCGUAAGCUGCCGUGCGGUGGAAACCGCCACGCUGCAGACCGACAUCGUAACCGAUAUAAGCUUCUCGUACGAGCUGAAUCUAGCCAAACCGAUUCAAGGCAUAACGAGCAACUUCCGGAAGGCGAACGAACGGUUGCUCGGUCGCUGUAACUUCAUACUGGAGCUACUGAAGCACGAACCGGUUAUCGAACCACGCCGCAUCCUGAAGAAGCUCAAUCAAAUCGAAAUGGUCAAUGGGUACACGUACCGGAUGUGUGGCAAGUCGGUGCUCCGAUUGAUUGCACGACUCGCCACCGAUCGGCUGGUGAUGCUUGCGCACGUGAAACUGCGGCGCGAAGAGCGUGAGAUACAGCAGAUGCUUGUCUGUUUGCCGUCCAUCAAGGUGGACAGUUCGGCGCUGCAGAGCAAGGUGACACUGCUCCGUAACCAGUUUGCGGUCCGCACAACGACCGUGAAAGAAGAACAGGACAUAGCAAAGAAGCAUUCAUCUGGCAGUGCUGCAGCCGCGACGGCAGCCACAACCGCAGCGACAAUCGCAACGACGAACACACGACCAUCUAGUAACCGGUGCCGUGGGUAUCCCGGUUGCCUGGCAAAGUGCAUGCGCAUGCGGCUGUUUCACGAGUACGCGUUCUACCUUACCUAUGUCCUUCGGUCCGAUGCAACGCAAAUCGAUCCGAGUGAGCUGUCGGAAGUGGACGUUAGUGAUCUGGAGGCCCACGAGCGGAUACCUGUAUACAGUGACACGAGUGAUUGGAAGAUGUUCGUUAGCCCUCUCAGUCGGUACGAUGGAUACGACGGUACGUCCGGCUGGUCAUUGCUACUAGAUCUGACCGCCCGUAUGCCCCUGGUGAUGUUCUGCUCGAUCAGUACCUAUGCGUUCUACACGAGCGAGCUCGAAUACUACCUGGAACACCGGGUGCGCCGGUAUAUCCCGCUCCGGCAUCUUCCUCCGCACAUACGUGCCCAGGUGUUUCAGCGUCGCCGUUAUGUCCACCUAAUCUACGAUCUCGCUAAGCUGCUCUGCUGGGCUGGCCUGAUGCAAAUCGGGCCGCAACUGACGAAAGCGCGCGAUCAAACAUUCGUUUACGUGCGCCGGAACGUGUCACUGCUCGAUACCACACCUUCGCGGCCCGGUUAUAUCGAGAUCGAGGAACGCCAGUAUGAGCAGCUAAAGUUCCGGCUGGAGACGCUUGCCGAUGUGCACGAGUACUGGGACCGUUUGUACAGCAUUUCGACCCACACGCGUAUCAACCUCCGCUCGACGGCGAUCGGGCAAGAGGUGUUUGUACAGAAGGUACAGGAUAAGCCCGCCAUGCUGGAUGCCAUUAGGGCGUGCUCGAUUGAAUCCGGCCCGGUGAACGAUAGCGGUGCACUACCGCCCGGUGAUGGGCGCGGAGCGGCCGGCAUGGACUCGGCAAUGUUUGUGCAUCUACGGUCGAACUGGAACAAACGCAUCAAUCUGGGCGUUCCGGUAGAGAAGCUACGUUUGAAGGUGGUCCGCCGGCGUCUUGGCAAGGCAGGAAUGGAGAAGCGCCAGCUGGCGUACCGUGUUGGUGGAAAGGGCAACGAGCGGACCGUGGGGCAUAUGGGCGGUCUUUCGAGCGGUUCCAUACCUUUGAUGAGCCGCAAACCCAUGCUCUCGGGGCGCAAGUUGGGCCGGCGUAUGGUGAAUCCACGCAAGCAGCAGAUCUCACGACGCGGAUCACUCGAUGAGGUCGAUCGGCGUGCGCUGAGACUCAUGACCAAGCAGCGCUCGAAAUGGGACGAAUCCGAGGACCAGGUGUUGCUGAUGUGUCGCGUAGCGCUGAUGUACCUUUACGGUGAUCCAUUACGCCCGGUCACCACGAUUAGUAUAACGACGAUACGCGACAUUCUGCACUGGGCGUGUGCCCGGGCACAGUGUAAAACAUCGAACGCCUGUGGACGUCGGCUGCAGUACAUGGUGCGCCAUUUGCCGCAUGUGGCCGAGCAGCUGCGCAUGUACCUGGAGCAGUGCAAGCUACAUCCCCGCGUCACGAGCCAGUUCGGAGCUGGGUUCGUGGCGAAGCUGCGCCAGUACUUUCCCCGCAAGGAUGAGUUUCGGCAGGCGCUACAGAUUCAUUUCAUAAGGUUGGUGGCGCUACUGAGAAAUACGGUGCUGCAGGAACAUUCGAGUGAAUCCCUCUCGACUAAGGGUACCACAAACCAUGGUCUGCGUCGUGGUCGUCAUCCCAGUACACGGCGUUACCAGAGCGACGGCGUACCACCACCGGCUGACGACGGUGAGGGUGCUGAUGGCCAGAAGCGUAUCGAACGUCUUCCGAGAACGCUCGAUGAGUUAUUGCGGCGGUACAAUGUGAUCGAAACGAUCGGAGGCGGUGGUGCAGGUGGCCAGAAGAAGCUUCACAUGGACAGCGAUCCGCAAACGAACGAGGAGAUACAACUGUACAAGUACACGAUCGUGAUGCAUAGUGCGAUCGCGAACAGUGUGCGUUCGGCGGCGGAUGGCCGUCUCCAGUACAUCUACCGGCAAUGCCCAGAUCGGGCGCUGAUCGGUGCGCUGUUGAAGCUACGCUCGAUGCAGGUCGUCUCGGUGACACAGUGCGUAAAGGCCUCCAACAAGGUGCUGCUCGGUCGCAUCCUGACACGCCAGGAUGAGCUGUGCUACGUGUCGAUCAGCUACCAGCAGCAGCUAACGACGUCCAUCCCACUGGAACUGUUCGUGCCCGUGUUUGGCCAGUAUGUGAAGCUACUGAGCCGCGAUGAACCGUACACGUUUGAAGAUGGUUCCGAUGGGCUGGUGCUGCUACUCGGUGAACUGAUUGCCACGUGCCCCUUCGGUGAUAGGCGGCUUGAUCUACGGAUCGAUCAACCAACCAACUACAUCGAGAUGAACGCCGAUGUCAAGCCAUCGAGUAGUGUGGCCGUGCCUGAAGACGACCCAACCACUCCGCAGCCAGCUCCGACUACCGGCAAGCAGCACAUGCGGACUAAAAAGAAUCCCCCCGCCAACCACGGUGCCACGGUGGAGAAAGGCGGUGCGAAGCAGCUACGCUUCGUCGACAAACGGGAUGUUACGUUCCUCUAUCUGGCCCAUCCGAUUGAGCAGCUGUUGAAGCUACCGCUCGAGUACUUCCAUUUCUUCUGUCUGCUUGACCAGCUGCAGUCAACCGGUGGCCGCCGGUUGCUGGCCCAGACGUUCAAAAUUGACGAACAACGACCAGCCGAGUGUUCUCUGGCGAACUGUCGGAUCAUCGAUGGCGUCGGUGAUCACGAUCUGGUACGACGGUGCCUUGCGCUCGUCCGUGACCGUGAGGAGCUGCUCGAACGCAUCCAGCGGCAUGAUGCGGAACGGGCAAAGCACAUGGCACCACGGGCAACGCGUACCGAUCCGGCGCUGCUGUUCGAUGUGCGCGAAGACAAUCUGUUGCUGUUCUUCGGCAAGUACAUCACCAAGUACCAGCAGGAGUGUGCCGGGAAGCGAAAGCGUGAUGUGAACCGGGAGCAGCAGCGUCUGGCCUCGCUGAACCACCAUUCGCCGGUCAAUAUGGCCGAACUGGUGGGUGAGUGUUUGCGGUUCGAUACCGAAAUGCCCAACUACCAGUGGCUCGAGCGGUACGAGGUGCAAGGUGCUGUCCGCUGUGAUGGCGGCGAUGUGGAUGAGGCAGAGGAUGACGGAGGAUCCGAUCUGAUUGGUGGAACGGGCGGAUCGCUAGCCGCACCAGCAACAGCCGGGACGUCGACGAUGGCCGUAACUGCAAAGGAUGACAGCGAACCGGGCCGCCCAACCGUUGGCCUACUGAGGGCACUCAGUGAAAAGGUACACAAGUUGCACAAUUUUUACGAGAUUGUCUCGAUGAAGAUGCACAUUCACCUGCGCCCACCGCCGCCACCAUCACCACCAUCAUCAGUGGGCAAGCAAGCAGAAGAACCGGUGGAAAGGUAUGGUAACAUCACGAUACCACUCCGUUACCUGCCAGAGGGUGCACAGCGACGGCGUGCGAUACUGCGGGCGAUGAAGAGUGAGGUACUGCGGUCUACGACGGACGUCGUUGCACCACUACUAGACGAAACUACUGCACUGAUCGACCGGAACUCCCCAGCCGGCGAACUGCUGGCGUACAUUGAAGGAAAAGGCAAUCUCGGAGCGACGGUUCGCGAGCUGGGAGCCGCUUUCGUCAAUCAUGAACAAUUGGCGCAGCAUUUGGAGCGGUUUCGAAACAUGCAGCUACUGCUGCGGACCGGUGUACGUACCAUCACCUACGUCUACUGGCGCUACAUGAAUGAGUGGUUGAUUCGAUCCUACGUCUCCACGAAUGCAACACCAGAAGCACGGCACGCCACUCGUUCAGAUCCAGUUGAGGAACCAGUUGGCCCAUCAUCCAGUGCCACUAGCUUUAAGAAACGAAAGCUAGUCCAAGCAACAUCGGCAGGACAGGGAAAGGAGAAAAAACGGAAGAUGGCAUGUGACGACGCGUCGGGAGAAUCGAAAGACGAAGCGAACGAUAACGACGACGACGACGACGACGAUGAUGAUGAUGCGGAGGGCAAACCAUCGGAGGAGCUCAUUGAACCCAGUCAACCCGUGCUUCUCUCGAUGGCUCCUUGGAUUCAGCUGAACGGCUCGAUCAACAAGCGGCUGCUAUAUCGCUGGCUUACUGCGAUCCUGCUCUACACCGUAUCCAAUCCGGGUGUCACUCUGGCAGCACUGUACGUACGCUUCAACAUGAUGUCUCCGUUCCAUUUGCGCCAACUGAUCGAGCUUCUCUGUGAGUACGGGUGCGUAUUGCAGCGAGCCAUGCAGAUCCAAGCGCAGAAACCGUCUCUCUUCUCCGUCUACAAACCGGCGACAUUUGUACCGAUGAGCGAGUUUCUCGAUGAUGAGCAGGUGUUUGUCGAAGCGACACCCAACGCGCUCAGCACGCUAUCACUGUGCAUUGGUGAGCACCAGAAAUACGCCAAGGAUAUGUUCGAGGUGGAAGAGGCCCGCAAAAAACGUACAGCGAAGCGUGACUCUGAAGGUGUGAUAUUACCCAACUAGGCAACCACUGAUGAAGAGAUGCGCUGUUCGUUUUCCGUCUUUUUUUUUUAUUUCAACCAUCUUCACUUACUAAGCGGUGACCGGCGAGGCUCGAAAAUAGAGAAUAGAAAAUGGUA